UGAGCGUGGAUGCAUGUCCAUGUUUAUCUGCUCUGUGCCUGCCAUGUUUUGAUAUCCCUGGGCAUUCUAGGUUUUUCUGUGCAGUAGCAGAAAUCAGGACAGUGGGUGGAGGAGAGAAGAGGCUAUUUGAGAGAGCUGCAGCAGGCAGUUAUCUGUUUUGAGCUGUGUGACAACAAGCCCCCCCGCACAUCUAUAAUUAUACAGCCAGACUACAAAGCCCCCCUGCCACAAUCCCUGGCAUUCCAGGCCACCGCCAUUCUGUGGAGCAAUGGCGCUCCAGACUGUGCUAGAGACGGUAGAAAGUGGGGAACAAGACACUGUCCUCAAGGUGUUGCAGAUCUACAACCAAGAGAAAUCACAGUGCUUCACCUUUGAAAAUGAGGAACAGGAAGAAAGAAAGAAACUAGCCAUGCUUCUGAUCAAGUUCUUGGAGAGGGAACUCCAACCAUCCUGCCAGGUUGUAUGUUUAGAAAGCAUCCGGAUCCUGUCCCGGGAUAAAACCUGCCUUGAACCUUUUGCCACCAUGGAAGGCUUGAAGACCCUAGCCAGGCAUGCUGGAAUUGAUUACACAGAAGAGCGCAUUGUAGAAGUUCCAGACCUGGAUGUCAUCCUGGAGGCUCUUAAAUGCCUCUGCAACAUUGUCUUCAGCAGCCGAGAGGCUCAGGAGCUGACCUCUGAUGCCCGGAUUGUGGUGGGCCUCACAGAUCGCAUCAAGCUGUAUAAUGAGAGAAACUUUCCCCAUGACAUAAAAUUUUUUGACUUGCGUCUUCUUUUUUUGCUAACGGCACUCAGGCUGGACAUCCGACAGCAGCUGGCACAGGAACUCCGGGGCAUCAGUCUUAUGACAGAUACCCUGGAACUUACACUGGGAGUCAAGUGGCUAGAUCCCCAUGAGGUAGCUGCUGUGGAGAACCCUUCCAUGCCUUUACCCCGGCAGGAGGCAGAACGGGCCAUGGAGAUCCUGAAGGUGCUGUUCAAUAUCACCUUUGAUACCAACAAGAGGGAAGUGGAUGAGGAAGAUGCAGCUCUAUACAGACGCCUGGGUGCCCUCCUCCGUCACUGCCUGAUGAUUUCAGCAGAUGGAGAGGAUCGGACAGAAGAAUUUCACAGCCACACCGUCAAUCUCUUGGGCAAUCUGCCUCUCAAAUGUCUGGAUGUCUUGCUGGCCCCCAAGGUACAUCCAGGGUCACUUGAGUAUAUGGGAGUCAACAUGGAUGCUGUCAACAUUCUCCUGGAUUUCCUUGACCGACGUCUUGACAGGGGCCAUAAACUUAAGGAAAGCCUGACCCCUGUGCUGAACUUGCUAACUGAGAGUGCCCGGGCCCAUCGGCAGACAAGGAAGUUUCUUAAAGCUAAGGUACUCCCUCCACUACGGGAUGUGAAGAAUAGACCAGAGGUGGGAAACCUGCUAAGAAAUAAACUGGUGCGCCUCAUGACCCACAUUGACACAGAUGUGAAGCACUGUGCAGCAGAGUUCCUCUUUGUCCUCUGCAAAGAAAGCGUGUCACGGUUUGUGAAAUACACAGGAUAUGGGAAUGCUGCUGGGCUGUUGGCAGCACGAGGUCUCAUGGCUGGAGGUCGGACUGAAGGGGAAUACUCUGAGGAUGAAGAUACUGAUACAGAAGAAUACAAGGAAGCAAAACCCAACAUUAAUCCUAUAACUGGACGUGUGGAAGAGAAACUUCCCAACCCAAUGGAAGGAAUGACAGAUGAGCAGAAAGAGCAUGAAGCAAUGAAACUGGUGAACAUGUUUGACAAACUCUCCAGACAGCAAGUCAUCCAACCAAUGGGAAUGGAUCCAGAUGGCAAUUUAACCACUCUAGAUGAUGCUGUUGAUCAGUUGGCUGAGGAGAGGUUAUCAUCUGACUCUGACUUGGAACUAGACUAAACGGGUUCUUUGGUUCCUCAAUACCCUGGAGAUUCUCAACUCUCCCUCCAUAAGAGGUGUUGUAUCAGAAGAUCAGUCCCAAGAAAGGAUUCCUAAUGGGCUGGAUUCUUAUGCCCAAACUACUAGAACACCUGCUUCUUCUCUAUCCCUGUAACCCUCCUAUGAGAGCUUUUUACACCUGCUCUCUUUUCCCCCUCAGUAUCCCUAAGAAUUUCACAAUCUGACUCAUUCCAUGGACUUUCCAGCAUAUUUUACUGGAGUGCGAAAAGGGAGUGCGAAAAGCAAUCUUUCAUUGUAAUCCAGGGGUUUGGUAGCACAUCGAGCACACUUGAGUGCAUGUGUGCAGCUACUGCUAUGGUAUAUACUGAUAUUUGUGUGUUUGCAGCAAGGGUAUGUAUUGAUACUUGUGCCGAGAACAUAAUGUAGCAACCAUGCAAUGCAGUGGUAUUUAAGAGAGCAUGAGUAUUCUAAACAGCUGUGAACAUAUAGUUACAAACAGUGUGACUGGGAUGAGCCUGGCUUUAGGGGUUUUUUUUAAAAUAUGUGAUAUGUAAGCCUUUGUACCACUGGAGGCAUGCAAAUGGAACAUAUAUGGUGAUCUAAAUAUAUUUUUAGGCAGCUUCCUUUAAGAUAUGUUAACAGAUGACUUCAGGAAAGGACAAAAUGUACAUUGUGAAAAUAGUGUUAUUUGUGGGGCAGGUGCCAGAAGGUUUAUUGGGAAAAUGGUAGUGGGUGAGAGUCUGAAACAUUUUUUGCUUACAGUGUCAUAUAUGUUGAUAUUUCCAGAUUAUCUGGGGCCGAAAGGGUUCUGCUUCCUGUAUAAUCUGGCACUGUACUGUGUUCUUCUUUCUACCAUGUUUAGUCUUCUAAACUAACAUAAAUUUUGUGCUCUCGAAAUAAAAGGCAGAGUAGUUGCUUGACUGCACUCUUAAAUACGUGCUUUAGUUCCCAUACUCCCAGUGUUCUGCAUUCAAAGAUUGCUCUCAGGCACCUUCAUCCUUGACCCUGAUCUUAGACAUUUCUGUAUUUUAAAUGGGAAACUUGCCUUCCUGCUUGUUUCCACUUUACCAACAGUUUCUGAACUUAGCACUAAUGUAAAUUAAAAGAUUUUCACUAGAAUAAAGACAACCUGCAAGUAACAGUGUGUAUGCAUCUGAUUCUUGGGAUGUUGCAUCUCUGAGCAGUUAAGAGACAGACAGCUGUUUCUAGAACAGGUAAAGUACAGUGGGACCUCAGUAUCCAUGGACUGUAGAUUAUAUGGCUCAGUCUUAUUAUAAGCAUAGAGGAUCCUGCCUAGUGCAUGACACUGGAGACUGAUUUUUCAGCUAUUUCUACCUGUGAAUGUGUUAAAUUCUGUACACUUUAAAAUGUUGGAAACUUCAGGUUGUUGACAUAAACUGUCUUCACCUGGAGUAUAAUUGUGGCUGUUCCUGAUGUGUGUUCUAUCCCUUCUAUAUAAUGCAGGUAAAAGACUUAAGACCCAUUAUUCAUGUGUAUUUCAAAACAAUGAAAUAACUUGAUCAUAAAAAGGGAGCUCUGCUGACCAUCCAAUCAGGGUAUUCCUUUGCUGUUGCUUCCCAGCAAAGAGUAUGCGGAGGCAAAAUGCUUUUCAGUCUGGCAGUUCCAUAGCUUCCAUGACUAGAAGCCAUUGAUAAUAAUUUUGCCUUCCAUAUGCCAUCUUAGUAGUAGUAGUAGUAGUAGUCAUCGUCGUCAUCGUCGUCAAAUAGUGAGUUGAAUAAAUUUUCUGGAACAGCCAGGGGAAAACUAUGGCCUUUGGGUCUCCAUUUUGCAGCCCCUUAAUCUUCUAGCCAUUUUUUCCACAGAGACCCCCCCCCCAUUUUUUUUCAAAAAGGAAAACAAAUGCUGAAAAAAUAAGCAAAAAACAAAACACACAGUGAAGUGACAUCACUUCCAGUCACAUCUGAACCUGGAGUGCCCUUGAGAAUCUGAUGAAAAAAAAUGGCUUCGGCCCUUUCACAGAGGCCUAUCUCUGGUACAGAGUAAGUAAAAUGUAUGUAUUAUGGAAUUCAUCUUCUAACAAGUCUGGGAUUGGUAAGACAGAAAUAUAGCACUUUUUAAAUUGUUUUUAAAUUAUAGAGGUGGGACAGAAUUCCAUAAAUCUUACAACAAGCUUUUUUGUCCAACAUGAUAGAUUGUUUAGAAGUAAUAAGACAUUUCAACUGUUCCCAUAAACACAUCUCUUCAUGAAUUACAUGGUCUGCUGCAGUAUAUAGGAAAAGCAUUUCUGCUCUUCACUGGGUUGAUGAUUCAGAUGUCUUAUUUGAAUAGCAAACUCAAGAGCCUGCCAAUCCAGUACCUGUAUUUGAAUAAUAUAUUCAGAUAAACAAAUCUGUUCAUUUGAAAGUGCAAUCAGGAUUUCAUUGCAAAAACUUCCUUCCUGCAAAUACAGGUUUAGAAAAUUAAUAAACAAAAACAAUCUAGCUGCUUCAGGGAACUUGAAAAUUGAUUGAUACAUGCCUUCCAACUGUGGGGAACUGACAGAAUUUUAAUUAUGGAGGGACCGGGGAAUUUUAAACAUGUAUGGCUGUCUCUUAGUGACUGUGAUUAUAAGGACAAUCAUUCCCAUUCCCAUCUAGUUGGGAGAUUAUUAGCAUGAAAAGAAAAUCUGCAUUUGUGUAUUGAAUUGAAUUGUGUAUUGUGUAUUGAUCUUUAAGCAAGAUGAGAGACUGCGGGCAUGCAGAAGGCUCUAGACACUUUAUGACAGAACUGGAGGGUUAGUUUAUGGCUGCCAUCCUCUUUGUGACCGUCACAUGUAUUGCUCUUGUAUUCUACUCAAAAACUUCCCAUACAUGAUGGAUGUUGCUCUAUCUUCUUAAUCAGAAUGAAGGAGAAGGAGGAGGCAAUUCAGACUAUGAAGAUCCAGCUGUUAUGAGCUCCUGGGGGAAAGGAGAAUAUGACUGCACUCUAUUUGAGAGAGCACUCUUAUACCCUCUCCCAACCAUGAUGAGACCAGUUUCAUCUCCUCAUUCCCUCCCCUCCCUGCCAGUAAGCAACAGCAGUAAGGGGCCCUUCCUGAACCUUGACAGCUGCUGGGCAAGGUGGAAAUGCAGACCUGAGUGUGCAGAGCUAUGCUUACAUAUAGGAUUGUGGCCAGCAUAUCAUGCACUUCCCAUCCAACUGACUCCCUUCCAACUAACUUCAGAAAUAGUAAGAGCAAGUGACCAGGUCUGCAUGCACCUAGUUACUUACAGCUGCUGUACAAGAGGAAGUUGGAUCUGAGUCUAGUUGUUUUCUAAUAGUAUAUCUAUCCAUAAUGAUAUAUAGAAAUGCCAAUAAUAAGAGGACUAUACUAGUAAUUUGCAGUUUAUAAUACAGCACUACUGGUUUAGGAAUUUUACUGUUUCCAAGGUGACUAUCACAGAAUAUUAGAGAUGGUACACCCAACACACUUUCAAUAUCUCAGUCUACAAUUAAAUAAUGAAAGACGGCAUCCUACAGUGUGUAUCAGCCACAUCUGUGUUAAAGAAAUGGUGAACAUAUAUGCCUGUCAUUCAUCAACCUUCAUUAUACUCAGAGAAAUUUCACAAAUGAUGUGUAAAGUUGUGGGAUAGGAAACAAACUUUUGUAACACAUUUAGAUUUAGUAAACUGAAUA